AUGAGGCCUCUUUUCUUCUGUCUGCUCCUAGCGCUGCGGCGCGUUGCAGCCGAUGACAACGAAGAUUCCGACUCCGACCCGAGAUGCAACACCGAUGUGAACAUUGCAUCCCAAGCAGAUGCAGAUUCUAUUGCCUCCUGCCAAACCGUCCGCGGUAGUGUGACCAUUACGAACUCGGCGAGCGGGACUAUCAAUCUCCACGGAGUCAAGGCAAUCCAGGGCCCUCUCACAGCUCACGGAUCUUCGAAUCUCAAUUCCUUGAUAGCGUCGGACCUGAAGACCGUCACUGGAACAUUGACUGUGGCGAACAAUGAUGCGCUCAAUCAAAUCUCAAUGUCCAACUUACAGACCGUUGGAGGAGAUAUCAAAGUGGAGAACAAUCGAAAUCUGAAAGAUUUGUCGUUGAGUAACCUGGACGAGGUCAGAGGGGGCCUGACCGUCUCCGGUGAUUUCGAUCGGAUCUCCUUCUCGAACCUUGACACAGUGCGCGGACCUACUACGAUCCAUAGCUCAGGCACCUUCAACUGCUCAAGUUUGGAUAGUCAACAAUCUGGAGACGGCCAUGUAUUCCAAAACACAUACUCAUGUGCGACCGGUAAAAGCAACAAGUCAUCCAACAGCGAUGGACUGAGCACGGGUGCAAAGGCCGGAAUCGCCGUGGCAGUGGUGAUUGUCGUCCUGCUGAUCCUGUUCUUCCUUUGGCUGUUCAUCCGCCGUCGCAAGCGCCAGCAGAAUCGACGGACAGAAAAGGCAGUACCAGAGGUAGCCACAUCGCCAACACCAUCUCCCACCGGCCUCGCAGCCGAGACAGAAAAGCCGACCCUAAAACCCACGCCGCCCCAAGAGGACGUGGAGAGAAAUAUCCCCCGAAAACCACUGUCCCCACCACCAGUCGCAGACGGGCGAUCCUCGCUUCUAGCAUCUUCGCUCCCCGGAUCCGAGAGAAUGUCCGUCCCUGUAUCAUUACUUCCUGGGUCGGAUCCAUCGGUGUCCUCGACAUCCGCAUCCCACCACAGAGUCACUUCCGACCCCACGCUAUUUUUACAUCAUAUCCCACCCGCAGCGCCGCAGCCACCCCCAUCCGAGUUGGAAGUACCCAUGCUGGACAGCGGGAAUGUAUACGAGGUAGGGACUGGUCGAACAAGGCCUCAAACUCCUGUCUAUGAGCUGGAUGGAGGCGGAAUGAGCAAUCAUCAGCAGCCUAUCAACCGCGAAUAA